CUCCUGAUUGUGGUCACCUUGGUUCCUGCCUCCUUUGCGCAGAGCCCCGGCUUGGCGACGGACGCGGAGUCCGGCGAGCCGGUGGCAAUCUUGCAUACAAAAUCCGGCGAGAUUGUAAUCGAGUUCUUCCCGGACGAUGCGCCCGAACAUGUCCGGAACUUUCUGGAGCUGUCCCGGAGCGGCUUUUAUGACGGAACCAUGUUUCAUCGCAUAAUCGAGGGAUUUAUGAUUCAGGGUGGCGACCCGCUGACCCGGGAAGGUGAGGAGACCGUCCAGAGGUGGGGCACCGGCGGCCCUGCUGGCACGAUAAACGCAGAGUUCAACAGCAUACGGCACGAUCGCGGCAUUGUGUCCAUGGCGCGUAGCGCAGAUCCCAACAGCGCAGGAUCCCAGUUCUUCAUAGUGCACAGUGACUCCAGCUUCCUUGACGGGGCGUAUACCGUAUUUGGCAGGCUUGCUACACAAGAGAGUUUUGUGACGCUGGACGCCAUAGCAGCAAUGGACACACCGGCCUCGCUUCAGGGAGGCACGGGCUCUACAGUGCCGAUCAACUGGCAGGAUACGGAGAUCGAGACGGUCGAGAUUGUAGACCGCGCCAGCGUGCCUGAUCUUAUGGUGUGGUCAGAGCCGGGGAGGACGACGGAUACAACACCGGUGCUUGCCACCUCCAGCUCAGAAUACAGCAACGACGAGCUUGGCAUCUCAUUUACCAUACCGGAAGGCUGGGACGCACAGAGCGGCUGGGGCACGGGUUCGGACGCCCCAGACCUGGUGAUCAUAGGCCCUAUAGCGGGGGCCGUACCGGCAUCGAUCCACCUCGUUACAUCGCCAUCCGACGGAAGAACCUUGGAUGAGUUCGUAGCAGAGGGGGCUGAGCUUAUUCAACAACUGGUCGAGGGGAACCGGAUGGAGAUAAUAUCUGAGGGCGCGACUACACUGGGCGAGAGGGAUGCCUAUGUAAGAAACGUGGUGAGCAGUUUUGUAACCAACACCGGCGCCACAACAGCCAUGCAGUUCAAGGAGACCACCACUCUGAAUGAGAACACAUUCUUUGUCAUCACAUACGCGGCCGAUGCGCAGGCCUUUGGUCAGUUUGAAGACAGGUAUGAUGCGCUGCUAGACACGGUCGCCUUUGGAGAAGACGGCUCCGGUGAUAGCAUGCCUGAUUCGGGGUCAGACCAAUCCGGCACAUCGGUUGCUGAAGCCCCGGAGGGCGGUGGCGGCUGCCUGAUUGCGACUGCCGCCUUUGGAACCGAGAUGGCUCCCCAGAUUCAACAACUGAGGGAGCUCCGGGACGAGGUGCUGCUGCAGACCGGUACGGGCCAGACAUUCAUGACCGGAUUCAACCAGCUGUACUACUCGUUCUCGCCUGCUGUGGCAGAUCUCGAGAGGGAGCACCCCGCGUUCCGGGAGCUAGUCAGGGCUACAAUCACGCCGCUGGUAUCGACGCUCUCCCUGUUAAACCAUGCAGAGAUUAACUCUGAGGCAGAGAUGCUCGGAUACGGCAUGGGUGUCAUACUGCUGAGCCUAGGACUGUACGCCGGCAUUCCGGGGGCGGUCAUCUACCAGUGGAGACGCUACCACACAUCAUCCACCGCAUCCAAGCUCUGA